CAAAAGCGCAACGUCUACUGUAAAGUGGUUCCUGUUUGAGGUUACUGAGUAUUCGAAGACGGGGACUUGAACGAAAAUAAAAGGAUGAUUCAUAGGCAUUGGUACAAAAGCCUCGAAAGAUCUAAUCGUGGCUUCAGGUAGAAAUGUAUUGGAAAGAUUAACGGGGAAGGUAUCGACGAAGUCGUGAGCCAUGGCUAAUCCAGGUAAGUAGAAAUAGUCCCGUGAUGGCGCAAUGUGUUUUGCUUGUUAACGUGUUUAGCUGUUAAACUUAGGAACAUUUAGUGAGGUAAUCUAGAUUCAAGGUACGCUUCGUUUCAUGCAGGAUAAGCCCAGUCGUCUAAAACAAUAUUUAACGAUUCAAAAUUCCGAACGCCUAUUUCAAGUAGAGAUAAAUUUAAUGAAAAAUACGUUUAGGUAAAAAGGCUAAGGAGUAACUACAUUUUUAUAUGGGUUUUAUGAUUGUAAACUGUUACUGAUCGCUGUGAUGAGUCGUGAGUUUAUGUCUAUGAUGUGGAUACUCUUUGGACAGCUCUUUAACCGACCGCAUGUGUUUCCCUGAUCUAACACAUACAAAAAUAAACCGACAUUGGCGUCCUUUGUAAAUGUAAACGUAUACUCGUCCUAGAACUUCUACGAGUAUCUUUUAUCCGCGUGACGAAUUAUGCAUUGUCUCUACGUCAUGACUUCGUCUGGAGUUCGUAUCUGUGGAACAGGGCAAAAGAAAAACAAUUAAGCUUCUGAGCUUACUUUGUUUUCGCUUGCAAAGGAAAAACGCUCUAGUGUAUAGCUGUGAAGUGGAGGCAAAUACUGAAACCACUUCUAUUUUAUGGUGAAAAAUCUAUUUACACUGAACCAAGUAAGUAUCUUCAGUUUUACAUAAAUCAAUUCACUUCAACGCUCGGUGGGCAGGGAGAAAGGAAGAAAUUGUCGUCGAUGAUAAGAAAGCUUUUAGCUAAGGGAACGUCUGUAUGCCUGUUCCUUAAGUAACUGUAUCAUAAAAAAAAAACAUAUACUCAAGUGCAUUCAUCUAAAAAACCGGGUGGUAAAACUUAGGAAAAACUUAAAUAUAGGGCCAUUUUAUGCCUAACGCCUAACCGCAUGUUUAAUUCAAUGAGUUAACUUUCUCUAACGAUUGGUUGUCUAAAAGGUUCUUAUGGAUGUUUCAAACAUCAUUAUUUAUACCGGUGUCUAUUCUCAGCCUAGUUAGGUGACUUCUCAUAAAAGGAACACCAUUCCUUAAUAAUUGAGCGCUUUUCUAUAUUUAUUCGCGCUACUUUUUCUUUACUAGUCUCGUACUACUAGUCGCGAGUUCAAUGGUAUUCGAAACAACUUAAUGGUACUAAUGAAAGCAUGAUAUUCUUCAUAGAAAAUAUAUACAAAAAAAACUAUCUCUUCAAAGCCCUAUGAGUUCAUUAGUGGUUCCAAAGCUUUGUAGUAUUAAUGGCAAUGUACAUUUAUGUUAAUAGUUUUAUUCGGGUACUAAUAUAAAUGUGUAUCUCUAUUUGAUCAUUUAAAAGGAAAAGUAAGCUCUUCGUACGAUUCGUUCAUUACGGCAUUAUACGACUCCCAAAGGGUGCCAUCAUCACAAUUGCAUAUCCCGAAUUUCUUACGUCGAGGAUAAACAAUAGGUGAUCCUAAUGACGAUGGUGCUUAACAAAACAAUGUGAUAUUCGAAAGCGACCUCAUGGCGUGGGGGUCGCUAAUUUACUUGCCCAUGGUCUUAAAACAACGUAUCAAUCACUAAAUACAACUCGCACUGCUUUUGAACACUUAGUGCUGUGAAUAGAACAUUGAAACAGACGCCGAAUCCUGUUUGUUUUUCUGGCAGUUUUAAUUUCUCACAGAUAAUCGCUAACCCAUUCUCUACCCAGCUUCCACGUUCGAGUCGAACUGCUCUUCCCCGAAAAAGCCGAUUUCUUAUUUUAUCAAAAGGCGUAUCUAGAACUAACGAGCCAGGUAACUCCUUCGCGUAACAAGCGAAAUGUCACCGAAGGUAAGAAGGCGUAAGCGCGGCCGUACAGCACAAGAUGAACAUAAAGAAAUGGACUGUGAGCCAGGUACAUCGGCCUCGGCGGUCAUCUGCAAUCCCUCUACAUCAUCUGCCCCCCAUAUUCAUGUAGCAUCCAUCAAUGCAUGCAAACCACCAACACCCACCGCAGCCUCUGAAAGGCCAUUGAAUUAUAUUCCACCAGCCACAUUUAUUGAGGAAAAAAUAGCAAACAUUCAGAUGCCUGAAGAGGUGCAGGUAUGGCUCAAGGCGACAGCAAUCAAACGAAGACAAACCGAUUGCGAAGAUUUGUAUGAAGAGAAAAGAAGGGGCGAAGAGGUUGAAGAUAAACCGUUCAGUGCUACUGAAGGCAAUGAUAUGGAGAAGGAACAAAACCAGGAAAAACAGCGGCUUUUGCAAUGUAAACAGUGCUGGAAAUGGUUCAAUACAAAAAUAGAAUUAAUUUGGCAUCAAAAUACUCAUGAGAUCUUGCCACGCAUCUUUCCAAAAUGCUCGAUAUGUCGAGCUGAAUUUCGUAGCAUGAAGGACUUUGUCGAGCACGUAAAUAGGCGAAAACAAGAAAAAGAAUGCGCGAUGUACCGAUGUUUCCCUUGCCAAAAGAUGUACACCCGUACUCAGAAGAUAAAGCAUCAAAUGGUAACCUAUGGUAUGAGUGCGAGGGAAAAAGGAAAAUACGUAAGCUGUCAUGAAUGUAAGGAUACAUAGAAAGCAGCUAAUGGGUAACAGGCCGAAAAGAAAAACGUCAGUCACGAAAGGCUAGGCAUCGAGAGUGAGAUCGUAUAUUGAUACAGAAAAACAUUGGCCAAUAGUGCACCGGUGCCAAGUAGCCGUGUACGUAAACCAAGGCAGGAAACAUUUGCCAGUUGGGAUUAUUUAUGGACAGCGAUUUAUGCUUGUUUCGAGAAAAACCGUUCACGAGUAGUUAUAUUAUUGUAAUGCUGCACGAUCGUAUUUAGAGCAACGCCUGUGAGCGAAGAUCGAUGCGAAAAUUUUUUACUAAAUAAUAUAAUUACGCGCCGUAAGCGCAAUUCCAAGUAUUAAUCUUCUUCUUCUUCUUUUUUUUCACAUGCACUGAUAUACUCAACUGCACAAAUGUUGCUUACAAUCAUAAGAAAACAUAUAUAUAUAUAUACAUGAAUAAUUUGUAGAAUUUUCUUCUAAUUACAAUUCUAUUCUACGAAAGUACUGUAUCCGAUUUUUGAAAUAUAAAUUACUUCUAGUCGAAGUUACGAAUCGCUCCUUAGCGUACGUGUAUUUUUAAACAUUUAACAAUGUCUACUUAGUGUUGCUUUAAUUACGGCGGUACAAUGUUAUUUGGCGUUAGUUUGUUUGAUGAUGCAUCAGAUGCUUCAUUUUACACGAAGUACAAGCAUCAGCUUUCUAAAAUACCGAACGGAAUACAAUGCUUUUCCGAGUGAAUUGGUACGCAGAAGAAUCCUAAAUGUUGCGUUAGGUGACUUAUCUACAGUUCAAUUGAAGUAUGGCAUGUAAGAUCGAUAGUAGAUUUCGUCAAAGCAAAUAAUCCAGUUAAGGUUGCUUGAACAAAUCUGGCAAUAUAAGGCAAAGCAUGCGAUUCAGUACCCCCUCUAAAGCACAUACUGGCAUAAAUAUGCAUGUUAAGCAAAGGCACUUCUAUAUAUGAGAUUUGAAUUUGACCGCCAGCUGAAUCAAAAUCGAUGUUCAAUCAUCGGCCCAUAGAUUCCGACCUGCCCUUUUGACCAGCUCUCCAAUUUCGGCUCUAUUUUUCUCGUAGAUUAUUGUAUUAUGUAUUCAUUUUGAUUAAUGAGAUGGAUUGAUUUUUAUUUCGCCAGCCGCUGUGGCUUUCCCCAUUAACUCAGCCGGCUCCACCGCUACUAAUUAUAACUAUACAUGAGGAAAUAUUUUGUUUUCACCCGCAUCUAGUUCGAUAGCUACCAAACGCGUCCUCUACAAUUAUAACCUUUCAUUUUUUAAGGCUCCCUUCACAGAUAAACCCUUUUGGGACCAUUCGUAAAUGGUAUUUAAUCAGCAUUUGCUUAGUCUACUCCUUGAAACCGAAACGUCUUUAGCAAUAGCGUGGUUGCCGAGCCACGUUCAAUAGACGUCUGCACCAUGCUACGUUUACCAUUCGCUCUGAUGCUUUCUUCCUUUUCGCUGUCCACUGACACAGGCAAGCAAAAGGGAGGGCAGAAAACCAUUCCGGAUAAAGUUACCAUUCUUUCCUAUGACUUGGAAUUAAACAACGACCAAACGUUCCGCUCUGUUCAAGCUGGUACUGAAAGGCAUUACCGGCAACGGCUAGCAAAAAACAUAAUGAUGGAGCAGCGGCAAGGGCCAAACGGUUCCAUCUGACGGAACGCUAUUGCCGGCCCCUCCAGUCCUGCUCUACACGCUCUACGUUUUGGUAGAUGAGCGACUGUGUUUCCAUGUGUCGGGCGGAGGGUAGAUGUAUGCAUCGGCAAGUGGUGCUCAUGUAGUCACGGUUAAAAGCUGAGCUAUGAAUUAAAUAAUUCGUGAGACCAACGUUUUGGGCAAACUACGAAUUGACAUUUCUGAACAGUGGAGGAUGCCUGGUUCACCAGUGAGUAAAACAGUGACUGCUGCAAUAGCGAAUGACAAUAUUGACUGAUGGACGGACGGACGGACGGACGGACGGACAAAUAAACAAACAAGCAGACGGAAAGCUUUCUCGCGGGACGAUCCAGUCAGCGUUCGGGCGAAGCAGUCGGACGCGCAACUGCGGAGCAGGUAAACGGGUGUUGCGUAUGCAAUGUUGUCGUUUACUUGUGGAAAGCGAACGGAUUGUUUAUGGCUUAUCGUCAUGUGUCGGUAGUUUGGUGCUUAAUAUUCAUAGGUUUCCUGUAUCGCUGGUAUUUCGUCAGCGAACCGUUUGCUUUGGAGCCAUAGCUUACCGUAAUUCCAUUUAGCAUGUGUUCAUGUAAAAUUUAGCUAGUCGAGUUCGUCUUGUGGUCAUCGCUUUUUGCCUCUUGCUGCUGUUGGCCGUGAGAUACUGAGACACAAACAAAAUCCGCUGCUGUGACAAGCCUACCGUACUACCCUGAAAAAACCUCAGCAUUAGAGAACAUCCAUUGUUUACAAUUUGUCGAAAGAAGAACUGAAGAUCGACAUAAAAAAAUUGCCGAUCGUUUAGCUUCGUGUGGGUGGGUAUAUUGACGUCAGUGGACUGAAACAAACAAAAAGCUACAACAAAUACUUGACAUAUCCGAGCUUUGACAUCUUCAAACUGCAGAACCUACAACAUUUUUGGGAGGAAAUAUCCUUCCUCGACAUACGAAACCUGCAUUUUCCUCGCGUCUGCAACGUUUCACCGCUGUCUUUAUGAUAGCUACUUCUUUAAAUUACUCAAUACUACCACAUAGUACAUCCCUCGCUCUUGCAUACUUUGAGGCCUGCCGAAGCCUAGGCAGUGGACCAAAUUCAACCGCAAAUAAUAGUAGACAGACCACUGGUUGAAUGAAACAAAAAGCAAAAGCUCCAGCUUACUACCAGCGGCUUCCCUCACUCAAAACAAGCUGAGGUACUUACAACUGAGCUCGCCUAUAAUGAGGUUCUACAGACAUAUAGCAUUUUUUAAAUAGCGAACCGCUGCACACGGUCCCGAUUCCCAAGCCGAGGCCGCUGGUAACAACAAGACACGGUCGGAGUUUUAGCUACCGAGAGUAUAGCUUUUAGUGUUUUCAGAUCAAACGAUGAUCAAAUAAGUGGAUCUAUGGACGAUUUGAUGGGCGGUCGAAGAGGUCCAGCGACGCCUUUUUCACAUCAAGAGGCACGCACCUAUCUGCUCAGUGUACCCGUCCUGGCCCCUGUAUGUAUCCCUGUAGCCCACAAGGCAUUGAAAGUCAUCGACGAAAAGGUUGAACAUUUUAACAACAAUUAUCUAAUUCUCCCAAAUUUCAUCAACGACACCGUGGACAAAUUGAAAAGCAUUUCGGACACAGCAAUUCAGGUGUUAAUCUGCAAUAUCCCAGGUGACGAAGAGCAAUUGAGCAGUUGCAUUGAUAACUAUGUAUCAGGCCUGGCACAUCACAAAGUAUUCGGGAGUGUGAAAAGCUUCUGUAGAAAUACGGACGCCGACCUUGAGAGUUUCAGAAUAUAUAAGGUGCAUACUCGCGCCGCUCUUUACAGACGCCUGGAGUUCUUACGCACCUCCCACGUCACCGCCGAGGCGUUAGGAGUUCGUGAAGAGGCUUUCUGCUGUGAACUUCCGCAAGCAAUCGUUGAACUUGCUUCCCUUGACGCAAAGUACACUCCCGUAGACAAACUGUGGUGUCUAAGAUCAACGUUGCGUUCCAUCCAAAUGGAGGUUGAGGAACAUUGCCACCAGUCGGGUGUUCAAAUCUACUACGGCGAAGAUAUGCCCGUUCUGACAAAUGAAAUCCUAAUCUUACUUGUUGUUUUGGUGAUGGCACGAUCAAAGCCGAUGUAUCUUGCCUCGAAUAUCUUCUACAUUGAUCAUUUCUGUGGCGUCAAGGACGAUUUUUCGAGUUUUACAAUAUCCACCUUCAAAGCAGCAUCUGAAUUCGUUCGAAACUUCAACGGAAACGGUCUUGAAGAAGGAUUAAGUCCUAGAAUGCUUAAAAAGGAGUUAUCCCUAGCGGAUCUAAUGGAAGUGACGGCAUCAAUUAACGAGAAUAGCAACAACAACAACAGCAGCAGCAGCAGCAGUGGCUCGCUAGCGGCAGAACCGAAGAAUAAAGACGAAAACGAUAAAAAAGGUAGCCACGUGCAGGAUAGUGGCAAUGGUCAACUUCUGCCCCCCCGAAAACGCUACGAUGAACAUUCAUCACAGCGCAAGGAGCGGCAGCAGUCGCUCUCACGGCCGCAUUUUCAACAGUCACUACGACAGCGAACGUCGCUUAUUAGAGACAACCAUCUCAGGUCAUCGCUGGACUGCGGAAGCGGAGCCGGUGCUGGUAGAUCUGAAGGCGCAUCGUCUUUCGGGGUCGAUCGUAAACUGGAGGAAAUCACUCGUUUGAUUCAACAACAAACGCUGGAUUUCCACUCGAAAGAAGAGGAGCAUCUGAGACGUCUUGAUAAUAGUUACAGCAGUAAAUCAUCUAUUGCCGGCCACUCAUACGGGCUAUCGCCGUCUUCAUCAAGUCUCAACUCUUCAUUCAAUAAGUCUAUUUGUUUUUCUUACGCGAGCGAGCUUUUUGUCGCGGGACCGGGUUACGAGGCACCCAACCUCUUAUUUUCACCUCUGACAUCUCGAAGAAGAUCGUUACGGCAACAGAGGAACUCCUAAUACUAGGAUAAAGUAUCAGCGUUCAAGCUGAUCGACAUUUAUUCGAUAACUAAAGCCUAACUAGCUCCAGGCUCGUUUCUUGUCGUCAUCUCCCCUAUCAAGAGGUGAAUUCCAAAUCUUACGGAACCCUAUUACUUAUGUUUUACAGAGUUGUUACUGUGCAGCUGGCUAUGCGACUGUGUGAGAUCUGCAACAAAGUCCGAGUCGCAGUUAGAUAUUGGUUGGGUGUUAGCCUGGACGCUUAUUGGGCCUAAGCAAUAACUUUUCAUAUAACUUAAUAGUGAAAGAAGAAUAAAACAGAAGUGGGGCAGAAUAAAAAAAUAGUUACUGAAGGAAGGUAAACAAGCCAAUAAACGGGAUGUU